GAACUCUCACAACAGGCUGACUUUUCAGGUGCAUCUCCAAAAGUUCCAGUUAUGAUGAUCCUUGCCAGUCAGGCAUCCCCUCCCAGGACCUCAGUGGUACUAUUGGUGUUUUGUUUCUUAAAAAUCCACCACCACUUUCAGGCUGCAGGCUGUUUGGAGCAGGGACUUCUCAUUGUAUUACUAAAUCCAUGUAUCAUGCCUGGCACAACCAGAGCUAAUGUGGUUUGGUCUCCUACCUGCUAUACUGCAGAGUCUGAUGAAAAUUCAGCUGCUGUGAGAAACAUGUGGCACCAACACUCUGUGAUGACUCAAGAGCUGGCAGGGAGCCCUACAAUUUUGCUGAAUACCAGCUUUGGAAGAAUUGACUUUAUGGAAUGUUCCUGCAGUCCUGACAAAGUUGCUGAAUGGACAAUCAUCCACAGGACAUCUGUGAAGUAAAACCUGCUGUGUCCUGCCCUGGUCUGCAGCACAAGUGCUGGGGUGGUUCUUCAGUCACAGGGCCUGGGAGAAGCAGAGAAGGUGCUGGAAGCUGUGCCUGGUGCCCUGAGUCAGAGCUGGCUUUGAGCAGGGAGACUGAGCAAUCUCUCUGUUGAGUCCUGACCAAAGGACAGGGCUUUAUUUAUCUUGCUGUUUCUCCUCAUUAAAGCUGGAACAUUCUAAGCAAAAAUUACUAAAUAAAAAAGAUUAAAUACAACUCCAAAUUCAGAGAAAAUGAGAUGAGAGAUCACUGAACACCAGACAAACCUGGAAGUAUU